AUGACGUUCUAUGUUGUAAUCCUGAUCCUGAUGGCAACAUUCUGCAAAGAAAUGAGUUCUGUUGCUAAGACAAGAGAUGUAAUGACACCGGUUUUGUCUACUACGGCAACGACAGAAUGUGUCGACGUGUUUCACCAUUGCAAAGCCUUUAACACAACAGCAUGUGACGCCAACCAUCAAAGCUGGGCCAAAAAGUAUUGCGCUAAGUACUGCAGUCUAUGCGAUGACGCUUGUGUUGAUGUCGAGCCUAACUGUGAGACAUAUGGCUUGGCUGCUUGUCAAAUGGCAUUCACAUCUUGGGCCGCAAAUAAUUGUGCCCGCUUCUGCGGAUUAUGCGUGAAUGCAGAAAUACCUACCCCACCAAGCGGGGCAAUGCCUUCCCGCGCUGGUUGUCAUGACACACAAAACUGCACUGCUUAUUCUCAUGAUGUGUGCACGAAAUAUAAUAUAUGGGCCCGUCAACACUGCGCAUCAUUUUGCGGAUUCUGCAGCUAA